AUGGUGAUCUCAUUGUGUUCUCAUUGUGUUCUCAUCCUGUUCUCAUUGUGUUCUCAUCGUGAUCUCAUUGUGUUCUCAUCGUGUUCUCAUCGUGUUCUCAUCGUGUUCUCAUCGUGUUCUCAUUGUGUUGUCAUCAUGUCUCAUCGUGUUCUCAUCCUGUUCUCAAUGUAUUCUCAUUGUGUUCUCAUCCUGUUCUCAUUGUGUUCUAAUUGUGUUCUCAUUGUGUUCUCAUUGUGUUCUCAUCCUGUUCUCAUUGUGUUCUCAUCGUGUUCUCAUUCUGUUCUCAUUGUGUUCCAAUUGUAUUCUCAUCCUUUUCUAAUCGUGUUCUCAUUGUGUUCUCAUUGUGUUCUCAUUGUGGUAGAUUGGGUUCUCAUCGUGUUCUCAUUGUGUUCUCAUUGUGUUCUCAUCGUGUUCUCAUUGUGUUCUCAUCUUGUUCUCAUUGUUUUCUCAUCGUGUUCUCAUUGCAUUCUCAUUGGGUUCUCAUUGUGUUCUCAUUGUAUUCUCAUUGUGUUCUCAUCAUUUUCUCAUUGUGUACUCAUCGUGUUCUCAUCGUGUUCUCAUCAUGUUCUCAUCGUGUUUUCAUUGUGUUCUCAUUGUGUUCUCAUUGUAUUCUCAUUGUGUUCUCAUUGUAUUCUCAUUGUGUUCUCAUCGUGUUCUCAUUAUGUUCUCAUCGUGUUCUCAAUGUGUUGUCAUUGCAUUCUCAUUGUGUUCUCAUCGUGUUCUCAUUGUGUUUUCAUUGUGUUCUCAUCGUUUUCUCAUGGUAUUGUCGUUGUGUUCUACUUGUAUUCACAUUGUGUUCUCAUUGUGUUCUCAUCGUGUUCUCAUUGUGUUUUCAUCAUUUUCUCAUUGUGUCCUCAUCGUGUUCUCAUCAUGUUCUCAUCGUGUUUUCAUUGUGUUCUCAUUGUGUUCUCAUUGUAUUCUCAUUGUGUUCUCAUUGUGUUCUCAUUGUGUUCUCAUCGUGUUCUCAUUAUAUUCUCAUUGUAUUCACAUUGUGUUCUCAUCGUGUUCUCAUGGUAUUGGCAUCAUGUUCUCAUUGUGUUCUCACAUUAACCUCUCUCCUGAUGUCCUGGUGAAGAGCAGCUAAACUGGAAGCAACAUUAACCUCUCCCCUGAUGUCCUGGUGAAGAGCAGCGAAGAUGGAAUUGACUCUGAGCAGAUAAGGACAUAGAGAUUAUUAAUUAUUAAUAUACUUCCAGCAUGGCUGAGCUAUUGUAGCAUGAGCUGAAGUAAUGACCUCACACUGAUGCAUCUUGAAACAGCUGCUUUUAUUUCCACAUGACAAUUUAAUUUGUGUUUGUUUCAGCAGGACUGAGAGACAGUGUAGUGCAGGGUUGCCCAACACUGUUCCUGGAGAGCUACCCUCCUGUAGGUUUUCACUCUAACCCCAGGUGUUACUAACCUGAUCCAUCUUAUCAACCUGCUAAUUAUUAGAAUCAGGUGUGCUAGAUUAGGGUUGGAGCAUAAACCUACAUGACGGUAGCUCUCCAGGAACAGGGUUGGAGCAUAAACCAACAGGACGGUAGCACUCCAGGAACAGGGUUGGAGCAUAAACCUACAGGACGGUAGCUCUCCAGGAACAGGGUUGGACAGUCCUGGUGUAGUGGUAUUUUAAUGAACAGUAGAAGUGACUUCAGUUGUGCCUAGUGAAAGUCUACACACCCCUUGCACAGUUGUACAUGUUUCUGCCUUAAAAUUACAUCUAAGAAGGGAUUACAUUAGAUGUAUUUUCCUACAGAUAUACACAACCUGAUCUAGAUUUUCAAACUGAAAGAAAAUAAUUUUUUUAUUUUUUAUUAAACAAAGAUGUUUUGAUUGUGUAUGUCUACAACACCAUAGUUAAUACUUUGUGGAAACACCUCAAUUUGAAUAGAUUCUACCAACUCUGCAUUGCUGUCCUAACCCAGGGAGAGAACUGAGACGCUAUCUCUCCUCUCCUCUCCUCUCCUCUCCUCUCCUCUCCUCUCCUCUCCUCUCCUCUCCUCUCCUCUCCUCUCCUCUCCUCUCCUCUCCUCCCUUCCCCUCCCCCCCACCACCACACUGUGUGGCCUUGAAUUGCUAAUUGUUUUAAACAUACAUAAUGAGCACAGCGGCAACAUUUUGAGCUCUUAGUCUCCCUCAGUCAGCCCUUAGCACAACUAAAUAUGUUCAGAUUGCUCUAUUGAAUUACAAACCAUUAUUUGACUUACUCUUACUGCUGAAUGCAUAACGAGGCGAGGGGAGACGGAGAGCGAAGGAGCGGGGGGAGACGGAGAGCGAAGGAGCGGGGGGGAGACGGAGAGUGAAGGAGCGGGGGGGAGACGGAGAGCGAAGGAGCGGGUGGAGACGGAGAGCGAAGGAGCGGGGGGAGACGGAGAGCGAAGGAGCGGGUGGAGACGGAGAGCGAAGGAGCGGGGGGAGACGGAGAGCGAGGGAGCGGGGGGAGACGGAGAGCGAAGGAGCGGGGGGGAGACCGAGAGCGAGGGAGCGGGGGGGAGACGGAGAGCGAGGGAGCGGGGGGAGACGGAGAGCGAAGGAGCGGGGGGGAGACCGAGAGCGAAGGAGCGGGGGGGAGACGGAGAGCAAAGGAGCGGGGGAAGACGGAGAGCGAAGGAGCGGGGGGGAGACGGAGAGCGAAGGAGCGGGGGGAGACGGAGAGCGAAGGAGCGGGGGGAGACGGAGAGCGAAGGAGCGGGGGGAGACGGAGAGCGAAGGAGCGGGGGGGAGCCGGAGAGCGAAGGAGCGGGGGGAGACGGAGAGCGAGGGAGCGGGGGGAGACGGAGAGCGAAGGAGCGGUAG